AUGUCGGCUAUGACUAAUUUGGCAAAUACUAUGCAAGCUAACACUGCUGUGACUAUGCAAGCAAUGGAAAGGAUGGGUCAACCAGCUGGGAACGGUAAUGAAAACGAGAACGGAAAUGGGGAAGGAGAUGAUAAUGACUUGGGAGAUGCUCCGAUGGCCUUGGCUUUGUUUCUCAAGGUUCAUCCACUGACUUUUAGAGGUUUGACCAACUCCACUAAAGUGGACAAUUGGUUUCAAGCUAUGGAGUGCGCACUAAAGGCUCAGCAUGUCCCGACUAACCAAUAUGUAGAGUUUGCGGCCUAUCAACUGUUAGGAGAGGCACAAUAUUGGUGGCAUGGAGAGUGCCAGUUGCUGCAACUUUUGAUUGCAGAGAUUCCUUUGGACGUGUUUCAAACGGUGUUCUAUAAGAAGUAUUUCCCGAAAUCAGUGAGAGAAUCUAAGGAGUUAGAGCUUAUGCAGCUAAAGCAAGGCUUGUUGUCUGUGGUCGAUUACACUAGUCGAUUUGAGGAACUCUGUAGGUUCUCUAGGGCGAGGAAUGUUGAGGAGUGUGCGAAGAAAGUGGCAUCAUCAAAAGAUACUCCUGUGGGAAACAACAACCGUGGGCGUGGAAAAUACUUUCCACAAAGAGCUCAAAACUUCAAGAGGAGAGGACAUGUACCUCAAGGUCAAGGGGGCUUUAAGAGGAAUAAAUAUGAUCAGUACCAGCAUCCUAAAGGGAGAGGUAAUCAGAGUAAGGCUUCUUCGGAUUUAACUUGUGAUCGUUAUGAACGUUUUCAUCUGAAUGACUCGUGCAAGUUGGGUAUAAGUUGUUGCUUCAAUUGUGGAUUGCCUGGUCACAUGGCAAGGGAUUGUACUCGUGGGAGGAACCCGAAUGCGGGUCGGAAUCAAUAUCAAGGAAGAGUGUUUGCUGUGAAUGCCAAUGAUGCUGCUAAGGCGGAUCCUUUGAUGAGACCAUAG